GAGCUCUUGUCACCAUGGAAGCGCUAGGUUUGCGACUUGUGUUCGCCAUUUUGCUCCAUGGAUGUGUGGGCUUGUUUGAACGCCUCGGGAGCUUCCAACCCAAUAACUCAAGAACAUACGGAUGUAAAUAAAUUGAUUUGAUGCAUUUAAAGGUCUGGCCAGGCCGAGGAAAAUCGGACCGCAUUGUUUUCUGCCUGUGAACGUCGCCGACACAGCCAUCUGUCGUUGUCAUCGAACACUUUGUGAACAAGCAAUGGAAACACAACAAGAGGAAUGUUGUUCUGCUGAUGGGGUUUCAGCCGAGUUAAAUUCUUAAAUCUAACCAAAUCUACAAGAUCAUCAAUUAUGAUACUUGGAUUGAUCUCCCAGGAGUUACACGCAAUGGAAACACAACAAGAGGAAUGUUGUUCUGCUGAUGGGGUUUCAGCCGAGUUAAAUUCUUAAAUCUAACCACAUCUACAAGAUCAUCAAUUAUGAUACUUGGAUUGAUCUCCCAGGAGUUACACGAGCAGCUUCUGGAUCUAAAUAACUACCAAAGCCGAACCAAUGGAGUGGAAGAACUUAAGCACAUUCUUACAGAGCUUGAUUUGAGGACGGUUCCAUCGGACAGUAUUGAGGAGUUCAUACGAUUCCUUUGUCGUCUUCUGGACGACAGUAAUUUUAAAGUUUUGCAUGGCACCUUACAAGUCAUUAAUGUGCUCAUUCAUAAGUUAGAUUCCAAUGUGGACCAAUAUUUCAGACAGAUAGCUCUCGUGGCUGUGAAGGCUCUAGGGGACACCCGCACCGUCACCAGAACCGAGUACAUGAACUUGUUCCGCCAGCUGAUAGGAACUGCAGGACCCCAGAGAGUGCUCGACGUCCUAGUUGGAAGCCUGAGCCAUAAGAACUCCAGGGUGCGAGAAGAUGUGCUCAACAUCAUCACCGCAGCCAUGCUCACCCAUCCCAGGAGGGAGUUCAACAUCCCUAAGCUCUGUUCCGAAGUCGCGCCGUGUCUGGCCGACGGCAAGCGGAAGGUCCGCCAAGCGACCCUCGAGCUGUUUGCAGUGUUUGACCAUUGCCUGGAGACGGGCAAGAAGCAGCCCCUGACCAAAGCUGUUGACACGGUGGAGCUCAACGAGGACGUCGAGGGGCUGAUGGCGGCUGUGCAGGCCAGACGAGCGAGGCACAUCCUCCCCCGCCUCUCCUCUGAGUGGAUGGUGGAGUACGCCCUGGUCGUGCCCAAGCCGGGGCAACGCUGCUCCCCGCAGUUCAGCCUGGCGGCCGACCUGGAGUGGGUGCUCCACGGAGGACGGGCGGGCAGCGCCAGGAGCUACAGGAGCGAGCCCGACGCGGACCGGCUGUUUGGCUACGGCAGCCUGGGCUCCCUCACCGACGACCUGCCCCUCCAGAGGAGGAUCGCCAGCGCGGGCAAAGGCAAGAGCAAGCUGCCGUGGGAGAUGUCCAGCCUGGCGUCCUGUGAGAACGAUCUGCCGUGCAGUCUCCCCAAUGGAAAGUCCUCUGAGAAGAUUGCCAGUGAAGAAUACCUGUCCAUCUCCAGGAGGUUAAGUCCAGAAACCUACGUCCCUAGUUUUGCUUCAGAGGUAGCGGACAAGCGCCAUUCGGGCCGCAGGAGGGAGUCCCCCGCUCGCCUCCGUCGGAGCGGGAGCCUGGACUUAGACCCCGAGACCUUCAAGUCCAUCAGCUUCAGCGAGACGCACAGUGCCACGCCCAAGACGUGCCUCUUCUCGGGGAACCCCGGCGUGGAGCGCACCUUCUCCCUCCCCGCCAACCCCAACACGCCCGGCUCCUUCCUGCUGCCCUCCUACCCGCUGGCGGCGCUUCCCGGCGGCCUGCUCACCCCCACGCUGGCCCGGCGGCGGGCGGACCCCUCCCUCUCCAUGUCCAACACCUGGCCCAACAAGAGGGAGGGCAGCCCCCUGCAUCCGGAGCCGGGCCCCUGGAGGGACACCGCAGGCAAGGGGAAGGCAGACCAGACGGUCAGCAGGUGCUCCCCCAGGCCUCUGAGGGCCUGCCCGGUCAGCUCCUCUGCAUCGUCCUUGAACGCCGCCGCCGCCUCCUCCUACCGCCGGGCGCUCGGCGGCGUGAAGGCGGUCCUCCCUGGGAUGGAGCGCUCGCAGUCCUAUAACGGCCAGAGGUCCCAGGCCCCAGGCAGCCCGCGGGGCCGGCCGGCAGAGAGGGACCUGGAUCUGGAGCUGGGGGGUCUGGGCUCGGCGCGGGGGCCGCAGGACGACGAAUCCCUGGACAUGGAGGAGAUGCUGAACUCCCUGCGCUCGUUGCGCAACAGCGCCGCCAAGAAGCGGGCCAAGGUUAGCCUCAGCGGCUCGGAGCAGGACCCGGACAGCCCGGAUUCGGCCGUGAGGCUGGAGCUGGGCCUGGACUCUCCGUCCCGCGACUCCCCCGCGGUCAUCAGCCCGGCCAGCGAGAGCGGGCUCUCCAGUCUGUGCUCGCCCCCCCACUCCAUGGGGCACAACGGCGCCGACCUGAGCCCCAGGCACUCUGGCCCUUCCAUGCCCCGCGCUGCCAGAGUGGCCUCACCCCGGCUGAGGUCUUCGGUGUCUAUGGAUUUCAGCUGCCUUCAAGGCGUGUCCCAGAGAGACAAAACCUCCCCUGAAGUGGGCGUGAUCGGCCAGAGGCUCAGCUACUCCAACGGACCAAUGGAGCUUGAAGAUGGCGACCGCACAACAGAGGCCUCUUCCCCGUUGGUCAGAACGAGCUUUCGGGAACCAAUCAGAGCAAUGAGGCCAGCAAAAGGCUCUCAGAGCUACAGCAGCAGCAGCAGGAGCUCUCCGGCCUCUGACGUCCCUGAGGGCGUAGUGGGGAGAGGUGUGUUUGGCUCGGGUGUGAUCUGCCGUCGCCCCAUCGGGGCCACGUCCCCGUCCGAGCUGGGGGACUGUCUGACCAGGCCCAACGGGGACCUCCCAGCGCAGGGCGUCGUGGGCCAAUCCCUGACCGGCACGCCGAACUCUGACCCCAGGGACACCGCAGUGGACAGCACGGAGCGUCUGAGGAACGGCAGGGUCCACCGGGAGAAGCUCCGGGGCCAGCCCCCCCACCAGGCAGGGGAAGAGGCCGGGCUCUCUGGGAAGCGACAGCAGAAUGGGGGCCGUCACGGCCCCAACCAGAGCCUGGCCGAUGAGCCCAAGCUGGAGGAGAUGCUGUUCGAUAGCAGAGACCUACAGCUCAACGGCAACACCUUGACCUCCACCCCGGCCGGGUCCCUCGCCAAGGGGGCCCGGGUCAGCCCCGCCAGUCCCCUGGGGUCCCAGAGCCCCCUCAAGUGCUUCACCCCCCCUCACCAGCCCAGCCCCCCAACGGUAGCCCCCAGCAACCCUAAAACCUCGGCCCGCCUCAGGAGGGCCCCCAGCCUGACCAGGACCCGGCCCCCGCCCUCCCACAGCUCAGAUGAGCCGGCCCAGGGCACCCUCAGCAGCCACAAGCGAGACCUCACAGAGCCCCCUGAGCUCCGCCCCUUUUCCAAACCUGAGCUGGCGAUGACACACAGCUUCAGACUCAUCAGCUCAGAUGACUGGGAGAAGAAGAUCGAAGGGCUGAUGAUGCUGCGCAGUCUGGCCCAGUACCACAUGGACACGCUGCAGACCAGGCUCCACGACGUCUGCCUCGCCCUCGUUCAAGAGGUGAGGAACCUGCGUUCGGGCGUGUCCCGCGUGGCGGUGUGCACGCUGGGCGACCUGUACUGCCACCUGCAGCGGGCCAUGGACCAGGAGGUGGAGGCCACGGCCCGGGCGCUGCUGCACAAGGCGGCCGAGAGCAACGCCUUCAUCCGGCAGGACGUGGACGCGGCGCUGGGCCACAUGGCGCGCCACUGCACGCCGGCACGCUGCAUCAACGCUCUCCUGGUCGGGGGCUUGAGCCACCUGAACGCCGUGGUGAGGAAGUGCGGCGCCCAGCACCUGGCUGACUUGCUGGAGCGGGUGGGCGUGGCCCGCCUGCUCUCCGGGGGGAAGGACGUGACGGACAGAAUCCUCCCGGCCGUGGUCAAGCUGGCCCAGGACUCCUCCCAGGAGCCGAGGUACUACGGCCGCCGGAUGCUGCUCUUCCUGUCCUCCCACCGGGACUUUGACACCAUCCUGGAGAAGUACAUCCCCGCCAAAGACCUGGCCGCCGUCCGCGACUCAGUCAGCGUCCUCAAGACCAAGGGUCUGGGCGAGAUGCCCCAGGACCCGCCCUCCGCUCGGGGCAGACGCUCGCUUCCCGGCAGUGGCACCAUCAGGGCCUCAUCGCUCAACAGGGAGCCCCUCAAACAGACCACCCCCACCACCACCACCACCACCACCAUCCCCCCCAGGGAGCCAAACAGCCAGUACAGCUCCAGAGCUCAGGGGCACAGCAUCGCAGACAAGACCGAGUACAUCAAGCAGCUCACCGCUCUGCUGGAGUCCAAGGACUUCAGGGAGCGCAUCAAAGGCAUCGACCAGCUGGUGGCCGACUGCCAGCACAACCCCAGCAUGGUCAUCCACAGCCUGUUCCCGGUCUUUGACGCCUUCAAAGCCCGCCUGCAGGAGUCCAACAGUAAGGUCAACCUGUACGCGCUGGAGGCCCUGCAGAAGAUCGUGCGCCUGCUGAAGGACGACCUGUCCGGGGUGGUCAACCUCCUGGUGCCCGCCAUCGUGGACAACCACCUCAACUCAAAGAACCGCGCCGUGUACUCGGCCGCCACAGGGGCCCUCUGCGAGCUGGUGCUGAGCCUCGACAGCAGCCUCCUCCUGCAGCCCUUCUGCACCAAGGCCCUGUUCCUCAGCGGCCAAGCAAAGGUUGAUCUGAUCCAGAAGGUUGCAGAGCUGGUGACGGAGCUGUACCCCCGCCGGCCCCAGCUGGUGGAGCAGAAGGCGCUGCCCCUGCUGUGGUACCUGCUGGGCCCGUCCAGCGGCAGCGUGCAGGGCCGGGGCGGCAGCGUGCGCCGGGCGACCACCAGCCUGUGCCAAGCCCUCCAUGAUCAGAUGGGGCCCGGCCUGGUCGAGAGCGCUGGCUCCCAGCCCCCCAACGUCCACAAGGACCUCAACGAGCUGCUCAGGACCAUGUCCUGAAAACAAAUCAUUCAAACAAUUCCAAACACAACCAAACGACGAAAAGACGGGAACGAGAACGCUACGCGACGACUUUUACUUGAAGAAAAAAAAGAGAUGUUCUGCAUUUCUAUUAGUGCCUGCACUUUUUGUAUACUGUUAAAGAGAAAGUGUCUUACUUCUCACGAGCUCCUCGACUCUGGACCCAUUAUAUCUCAGCGAGAUGUCCUCCGGGCCAUGGACCGUUCAAGGCGGCCCUGCAUCAUGCUGGUCUUCAUCAGGUCCCGCGAAUCCUCCACAACCUGCUCUCUUUGCACUUUAACAGGUAGCUUGUCGUCGUUAUCAAAGACAGGAUUUUAAAGAUGCGAUCCUUGGAUUGCUGUUGCUAUUUCGUUUUUUUGUUUCAUCAUUGAAAAGCAUCUAACGUAAUGUACUGUAGACCAAUCAAAACGCACCGUUGCAGAAUGUAAGGCGGAAAUGCACAGAAAUUGAUAAUAGGUGAGGGACGUCUAUAUUUUGUUGUGGUUCCAUUUGUUGAAAGUGAAUUAUGGAGAUUUUUUCAAUGUGUCUUACAAGGUAGAGAUGGAUUGGGAUACAGGGAAAAAUAACUUUUUUGGUACAGUUCCAAUGUGUCAUUGCACAGUAUUAGCCUAAUCUGUUAACCAUAUGUGGUAGGAUAAUGCAGUAUAUAUUAUUUAUCUUGUAUAGUUUUGGUUUUCAAAGUCCUAUGGUAUGAAAUGUUUAUGAUAUGCGGAGUUGGUUGUGUUCUUAUUCUGCAUGUCGUCAAAUCCGAAUCAAUGUUUAUAUUUUUGUUUAAAGGAUAUAUAGAUAUAGAUAUAUAUACGUACACUGAUGCCUGAUUCAAAGUUAAUCUUAUUUUACUGGGUGUAUGUGUUGGGGAGAAAACAUUAUUUACACAGAGUAAAACCCAAAUUAGUGAUUUAGGUUUCAGUGUAGUGCCAGUCUUUAAGUAACCGUUACACUAUUCUGUUGUAAAUUUAUAUUUAACUUGUUCGUGAACAAACAAAAGGAUACCUACAACCUUAUAGAUCUACAAAGUGUUUUUCUGUAAAAAAAAAAAACACUGAGUUUCUUAAUUUGUGUCUAUACAGGGUAGCAGUUCAUAAAGAGAGCCAUUGCAGAAUCGCUCUUUGCUCGAGAUGUCAUGUUUGCACUCAAAUCUCUGCUGUUUGAGAUUACCAUUCAAUUAAUCCACUUGUUUGAUUAUGGAAUGCUGACUAAGAUUGGUGAAUCAAAAUGUAUCCAGCAGCGUAUUUUGACUAGGCUGUGCAUUUGUACUUGUUAAUUGAAAAAUAAUUCUGUCAAAAUUUAAACAAUCAAAAUCUUCACUCCAUGGCCUUUUCUGCUAUAGAUACUUGGUCAAUACUUUUACAAAUAAAGUUUAAAAAGAUACCAAAACAUGGAUAAAAGUUACACGAUUAAACAUUUUGAGCUUUA